ACUGUAAUAAUGCGAUGUCGAAUCUACAGAACUCUGCUAUUCUGCUCGGGGUAGGCCGCUGAAGAGCUCAUCGAUCAGUUCGAUCUCCAACGCUCCCAUCCUGCAAAACUGAACAUGGCAAUGGAGGCGGUGGCCGCUGCCUCCCCGUCGCUUGGAGCCUCCUUGCCCUCCUCCACCGUCCUCAAAGCGUUACUGCUCAUGCUGAUGCUGGCGUACCUCGUCCAAACCCUCGUGCGGUGGCGAAAGAGCAUGUGCACCGCGCCGCUCCCUCCAGGGCCCAUGCCGUGGCCCCUCGUCGGCAACCUGCCGGAGAUGCUUUUCAGCGGCAAGCCUGCGUUCCGGUGGAUCCACCUCGUUAUGGAGAAGACGGGCACCGACAUCGCCUGCGUGAAGCUAGGCGGCGUCCACGUCAUCCCCGUCACCUGCCCCAAGAUCGCACGGGAGGUGCUCAAGGAGCAGGACGCCAACUUCGCCUCCCGGCCGCUGACCAUGGCCUCCAGGACAUUCAGCAGAGGCUACACGGACGCCGUGAUGUCCCCCUACGGCGAGCAGUGGAGGAAGAUGCGCCGCGUGCUCACCUCCGAGAUCGUCUGCCCCUCCCGCCACAAGUGGCUCCACGGCAAGCGCGCCGACGAGGCCGACAACCUCACCCGCUACGUCUACAACCUCGCCGGAGCGGGGUCCGGCGGCGCCGUCGACGUUAGGCACGUCGCACGCCACUACUGCGGAAACGUCGUCCGCCGCCUCGUCUUCGGCAGGCGCUACUUCGGCGAGCCGCGGCGCGACGGCGGCCCUGGCCCGCUGGAGGUGCAGCACGUGGACGCAGUGUUCGCCUCCCUGGGGCUCCUCUACGCCUUCUGCGUCUCCGACUACCUGCCAUGGCUGCUGGGCCUCGACCUCGACGGCCACGAGAGGAUGGUCAGGGAGGCCAACGAGAAGGUGACCAGGCUGCACGACGCGUUCAUCGACGAGCGGUGGAGGCAGUGGAAGAGCGGCGAGAGGCGGGAGCUCGAGGACCUGCUCGACGUGCUCAUUAGCCUCGGAGAUGCCGAGGGCAAACCGGUGCUCACCAUCGAGGAGGUCAAAGCUCAGUCGCAGGACAUCAUGUUGGCGGCCAUGGACAACCCGUCGAACGCGGUGGAGUGGACUCUGGCCGAGAUGGUGAACGGCCCGGAGAUGCUGAGGAAGGCGGUGGGGGAGAUCGACGGCGUCGUCGGCCGGGACCGGCUGGUGCAGGAGUCCGACAUCCCGCGGCUCAGCUACCUCAAGGCCUGCAUCCGCGAGGCAUUCCGCCUCCACCCCGUCUCGCCGUUCAACGUGCCCCACGUCGCGCUCGCCGACGCCACCGUGGCCGGCUACCACAUCCCCAAGGGCAGCCACGUCAUCCUCAGCCGCAUCGGCCUCGGCCGCAACCCUGCCGUCUGGGACGACCCGCUCCGCUUCAACCCUGACCGACACCUCGCCUGUGAUCCGACGGCGGAUGUCACGCUCGACGAGAAAGACCUGAGGUUCAUCUCUUUCAGCACCGGCCGCCGCGGCUGCAUUGCCGCUCCGCUUGGCACGGCCAUGAGCGUCAUGCUCUUUGGCAGGCUCUUGCAGGGGUUCUCCUGGAGCAAGCCGUCAGGGAUGACAGCCGUCGACCUCAGCGAGUCGCGGCACGACACUUUCAUGGCCAAGCCGCUGGUGCUGCACGCCGAGCCACGGCUGCCGGCGCACCUCUACUCGGCCGUCUCUAUGUGAUUCAUCCCUAAUUGCUAUCAAGCAUGUAGAAGAUUCCUUAGCCUAUAUUAUAUUGUUUAUUUCUUUCAAAAAAUAUUAUAUUGUUUAUUACACACAUAAAGCCAAAUUAACAAUAGGAUCAGGCCAUGUUCAGAUGUAAACUAUUUUUUUAGUCUUAGUGAACAAGUAUGAUUUCGCAAAAUAACGAAGGUUUUAGAGAACUAAGAUCUGUACUGUCUGGAUGCAACAAUUUUUUAUUAAUUUAGAGGAUGAUGAUAUUGAUUAAAUUGCACCCCAGAUGGAGUGGAACAACGAGGAUGACGUUCUAAGUCCAAUCUGGGGACGACGAGUCCAACAUCGGCGUCGAAUCUAGGGACGAGGACAGCCCUAUGAUUGGACAAGGGCCUUGGGUAGGAAACAGGUGGCAUGAUCCACUUAUUCCACACCUGUUCCACCAAGAGAAAGCUGUUCAAGGGAGGAAUUUUAUUCGGAUUACGAACCGAAUUCAUGUCAGGCGGCUCCGACUGGAAGGAGUAAGCGCUGACGCCGACCCCCUAGCACCACAGAGGAAGACAAUGAAAGCUUAGAUCUGGAUCCUGCAAGUACAACCUCUGACAACCAAAACAAAAGGAAUAGAGAUCAAUGAGGAAGAAACCAAUACCCCAAAGGGCAAUGGACGAUCAAUGCAGUUAGCGUGGCAGGAGAGCCCAUACAUCCUCCGGAGAUUGUAGCAAAGUUUUGGAAUGCUAUCGGUGCUAUAAUCAAAACAAAUGUGGUUUUUGGAUCCAACGAUCUCCAAUUGGACGCUAGUUCCUGAGGGGAAGAAAGAAGCGAUGUGGCAAUUGUUUAGCAGAACUCUUAUUCUGCCUAGAGAACUAAAAAUCAAGUAAA